UUUAUUAGAAAAAAUCACUUCUUCCGGUUGCACACACGUGUGAAAUCUGACCAUUUAAAGUUCGAUUUUAUCAGUUUUGAUCCAGUAUGGGAAAUAAGAAGAAAGUAGGUAAACAACGUCGAGACAAGUUCUACCAGUUAGCAAAGGAAAGUGGUUUCAGAGCCCGUUCAGCUUUCAAGCUUAUACAGUUAAACAGAAAGUUUGAGUUUCUUCAGAGCUCAAAAGUGGUCAUUGAUCUUUGUGCUGCCCCAGGUGGUUGGCUUCAGGUGUGCAGUGAAAACUGUCCGGUCUCCAGUUUGAUUGUUGGCGUUGACUUGGUACCAAUUAAGCCAAUUAGAAACUGUAAGACCUUGAUAGAUGAUAUCACCACAGAGAAAUGUCGACAGGACCUACGGAAGGAACUUCAGACAUGGAAAGCUGACUGUGUUCUCAAUGAUGGUGCUCCAAAUGUGGGCAAAAACUGGGUCCAUGAUGCAUUUCAACAGGCACAUCUCACACUCCAAGCAUUGAGGCUUGCUACUGAGUUCCUGAGAAAAGGUGGCUGGUUCAUCACAAAGGUUUUCAGGUCAAAGGACUACAACUCCUUACUCUGGGUCUUCCAGCAGCUGUUUAAGAAUGUCCACGCUACAAAACCACAGGCUUCAAGAAACGAAUCUGCGGAAAUAUUCGUCGUCUGUCAGAAUUAUCUGGCACCCGACAGAAUCGAUCCAAAGUUUUUAGAUUCAAAGUCAGUUUUCAAGGAAAUAGAAGAUGCACCAACACAGUCCAUAAAUUUGAUCCACCCAGAGAAACAAACGCGCCACAGAGACGGCUAUCCAGAAGGGGACUACACCUUAUUUCAUACCCUAAAUGUCAGUGAUUUUAUAGAAAGUGACAACUAUCUGGAACUGCUUGCGGAUGCUUCUGAAAUAAAAUUUGAUGACAAGCAAAUUGAAAAUCAUGCCUCCACCACAGCAGAGAUAAAAGAAUGCCUUAAAGAUAUCAAAGUUCUUGGUAAACGAGAAAUCAGACUGGUAAUAAAUUGGCGUAAAAAAUUGAAGAAGGAAAUUGAUAAUGAGAGAAAAGAAAAAAUGCUAGAUGAAAAGGAAAUAGAGGACAAUGAGCCAGAGAAAAACAGUGAAGAUGAUUUAGCAGCUCUUGAAGAGCAAUUGAAUGAGCUUGAAGGUGAGGAAAAGAAAGCUUUAAAACGGAAAAUUAAGAAAACCCGCAGAGAACGUGCAAGAUUACAGCGUAAGAUGGACAUGAAACUAGUCCUUCCUGGAGACAAGCUUGAUAUGUCAGAGGACAGAGAAUUGUUUGAUUUAGGUAGAAUAAAAAGUAAACGUCAGUUGGAAGAGGUUGAAGAGGGAAAAUUGAGUGAUAUGGAUGAAGAGGAGGAAGAAGUUGAGAUACCAAAGAAGAAAACUAAAGUAACUUGGGAUAGAGAUGGUGUGAAAGAAUAUCAGCUACCAGGUGAAGGCUCUGAUCAAGAUGAUGAUGAGGAGGAGGAGGAUCAGAACAAUAAUGAUGAGGAUCAAGACAUGGAUUCAGAUAAUGCCAACGAAGAGGAUGAUGAUAUUUCAUUAGAUGAGGCAGAAAUUGAUGAUUUAAAUCCUUUGUUGGUAGGUAGACCAGGGAAAAAAGCUAAAACUGACUCUUGGUUUGGCAAAGAUGCAUUUGCUGGAUUAGAUGAUGAUGAGGAUGAAGAUGUUGAAAUUGAGCAGAUGGCUAAGGCAUAUAAAGAGAAAGGUGGUAUCAUAAAAGGAAUGGAUGAUGACGAUAUGAUAAUACCAGAAGAAAAGGUAAAAGACAUUCAACAGACUAAAAUGGAGAAUGAGAAAGUAACUGAUGAAAAAGACAGUGCUGUUGAGAUGGAUUCCGGUGAUGAUAGUGAUACAGAAUCGAGUAGUGAAUCAGAUGGAAGUGGCACAGAUUCAGACAGUGAUUAUGAUACUAAAGAGUUCUAUAAACAACAGAAAAAAGCAAUUAAAGAAAAUAAAGACAAAGCAAAGAAAUCAACCAAAAGUACUGAUUUUGAGGAAGUUCCAUUAGAAGAAAAAUCUGCUAUUAAGUUGGAUAUACAUGGUCUAGCAAUAGGUUCUGCUCUGGUAUCUUCAAGAAAACGAAGAAGGGAAAUAAUUGAAAGUGGUUACCAUAGGUACAUGUUUAACGAUACGAAUCUUCCAGACUGGUUUGCUAAGGAUGAAAAGAAGCACCAUCGUAUCCCAAUGCCAGUCACUAAAGGAGAAGUGCAGGAAUACAAAAUGAAAAUGAAAGCGGUAGAUGCUAAUCCAAUAAAGAAGAUUGCAGAAGCUAAGGCUCGUAAAAAGAGAAAACAAAUGAAAAGACUGGAAAAGGCCAGAAAGAAGGCAGAUGCUAUAAAUGACACUGAAGAAGUUACUGAUAGGGAAAAGUGGCAACAGAUAAAACAGGUGUACAAGAAGGCUGGACUGUUGAACUCUAAGAAAAAAGAGGUCACAUACGUAGUGUCAAAGAGAGGCUUAGCUGGGAAAAAGGUCAGUCGGCCACAAGGUGUUAAGGGACCUUUUAAAGUGGUAGAUGGCAGACUGAAGAAAGACAGUAGGGCUCAGAGAAGAACAGAGCAGAAGAAAAAGGGGAAGGGAAAAGGGAAAAAGAGGAGAUGAAUUUGAUUUUGAAAUACAUUUUUGAGUAUAAGAUGAAAUUGAAUUUAAAUAAGCAGUAAAAUAUUUUUUCAUCCUUAUUUUUAGGUCUUACUUGUUACCAUCAAUAAGAUAUUAUUUGAUAUGAGAAUUUAGAAUUUUAGCUAACAGAAAUCAAAUACAGUUUGAUAAAUAUGUAGUUAUAUUUUAAAAAAAAACAAGAUAUUUUUCAUAUAUUUCAGGGGUUAAAAAAAAGAGUAGCUGUUUGUGAUUAAAAAUACACAUUGUUAGUAAAUAAGCAUCUGUUUAAAAUUUAUAUGGCCAGGAACGUGUCAUAUGACUUUGGGGAACCAACUCUCUAGUUUACAUUUCAAAAUUAGAUAUUAGCAGUUUGAAAGACAGCACAUGACUGAUUUUGUGACCAUUGUAUUCUCAUUGUUCUGUAUCAAGAUACAUAUUAUAAUUAUAUAUAUAUACAUUUUGAAAUGUGAUCAUUGAUUAAUAAGAAUGUUUCUCUAAAUAAAUUUACUGAAAGGUG